AUGACGUUCACCGUUGGAUAUGUAACGCAUUGGAACAUGGUGUCUCCGAGCUUCAUGUACGUCAUAUCCAACAAAACCAUUAAGAAACUCUCGGUUACCUGUUUGAACUGUCGUUAUUAUGGUACUGUUCCUAGAAAUAUUUCAUUUGACACACCGAAUGUUGUUGAUUUCAACUACUCUGAUUAUCUUCGUCGUGAAUCUCCACAAUGUCACUUGGAUUCACUUGCCAAAGCUACAUUGGACCUUCAUUUCUUCGAAGAUGACAAGAGAGCAGAUGUGACAGAUCUCAUCAGUGGGCUACAUAAUGUCAAGACCCUUCACUUAACUUCUUCUACUGUCGAGGUUAUUUCGGUAUGCUGCAAAGGUGGACUACCAGUGUUCAACAACCUCGUUGAUUUAGUAUUUUCUAGUAAAAAAGAAGGUUGGAAAGUGCUUCUGCCACUUCUGAUAGAGCGUUCUCCAAACCUCAAAAAUCUAGUUCUCUCGUGUCUUGAAGUGGUGAAAGUUUAUGUUGCAGCUGAAAUGGAUGACACCAAAAAGAUGCAACUCACAGAGGAUCUGUUGAAGUUUCCUGCAGCUUCAUCUAAGCUCAAGAUACAAGUCAUGUGA